AUGUCGAUGAUUCCAGGCACUUUCCCCUCUGUGCCAUAUGCAUCCGAGGAAACCGAAGAUGCAUCGAUGUCUUUUUCUGCUGCCACAUUGUCUGAUAUGGAUCAACCGUACCAAAGCAAGUUCUCUGAGCGAGAAAACGCUAGCAGACGGGUUUUUUUCCAACGCCACAUGAUUCUUCAGCUCAGCACCCUCGCAUACUUUCUUAUGGGUUUCCAGUUCGUGCGCUACUUCCGAUGGGCAUGUUUUGUCCCUUUUCUUAUGCAUUUAAUGGUGCACUUUCAAAUGCAAGUGGGCAGUGUUGUUCGUGGCGACAACACGGGUGCAAAUUUCCUUCUGCAGACACUUGACCAACAGCAGGCUGUGGCCAACCGUAGUGGGAUUCCUUUCGACCGUGCAGCCGCCACUACUCGCGCCAUUGCUACCGUCUGGCUUUGCCUCUACUGGAAAAGUCUUAUCACAGCGGCAUGGCAUGUGGUUUUCGUUGUGGCGUGGUUGCGGCCGCAGGCUGACGUUGAAGGCAUAACCAAGCUCACUCAGAACCUGUGGCUUUUCUUCCUGCUCUUGGGGGAUACAUGGGACUACUACUCCAAAGACGACCCAUUGUGGCUUCGGCUAUGGAACUUGCGGCUUGUGGGCGCAGUGACGCUUGAUGUUGCCAUUCUGCUUAUUCAGCUAUGUCUAUUUCAAUGUGUGUACUUGCAAGCAGAAAACUCACCGCGGGGAUUGAGGUUGAACGAACAGGAAAUCAAUAUUCUUCGAGUGAAACCUGCGGCGCUGGCGCCAAAAGGAGCCGUACUUCAUAUCCGGUUAUAUCAAGCAUUAGAAGGCAGUUGGGAUUGA